AUGCCUCUCCCAGGAAAUUCCGUAUUGACCCUUCUGUUGGUCGUUGGGCUGCGCGCUGUAUGGGCCCAAACGAUUGUCUUGGACAAUUCCACAGUUGCGGCCAACGAGUUCACGGUAGCCCCCGCUAUAGCCAGCGUAGACGCGCGGGACUCGAACUCGACGGCGGCUCUUUUUGAAGGCGAGACGCUGCAGCUGACUGACGCCGUCAUAGCCAACUUGACGGACUUGGAGCUGUCCAAUGUUUCGUUAUUCAGCUUCCAGAGCGAGUCCAGUCCGGAGGAGACGCUGUCUAAGCAGUCGCUGUUCGGAAAAUGCAAGACGUAUCCUGGGGACCCCCUCUGGCCCGCGAAGCCUGUCUGGAAGCUGUUUGAUGUGCUGCUCGGCGGAGCCUUGAUCGAGACGGUCCCCUACGCGUCGGCCUGCUACGACUCGUUUGGGAACUACGACAAGGCCAAGUGCGAUUUCAUCACGAACAAUUGGAUCAAUGCGUCCAUCUACCACACCGAAGAUCCGACGUCGAUCAAUGCCGUCUUAUUUCAGGGACUGACCUGCAUGCCGCCGACCCUCGUGGCUCCCAAGGCCAAGUGCACGAUCGGCGGUUACCCCGUCUACGCGGUCGCCGCCCGGAACGUGGCGCAGAUCCAGCUCGCGGUGAACUUCGCCCGGAACCUCAACCUCCGCCUGGUCAUCAAGAACACCGGCCACGACUUCGCCGCCAAGUCGGUCGGCAUGGGCGCGCUGUCGAUCUGGACUCACCACCUCAAGGACAUCAAAUUCUUCGGACUCUACCGGCAGGGCCGCUACCUCGGACCCGCCUUCAAGCUCGGCGUCGGCGUUCAAGCAUUCGAAGCUUACGAAGCAGCUCGCGAGCAGGGCGUGACUAUUGUCGGCGGCGAGGGGCGGACCGUCGGUGUGAUGGGCGGCUAUCUCCUGGGCGGCGGCCACUCCCCCCUAUCGAGCCUGUAUGGGAUGGCGGCCGACCAGGUGCUCUCGAUGGAGGUGGUCACGGCGGACGGCCGCUUCGUCACGGCGAGCGAGACGUCGAACCCGGAUCUUUUCUGGGCUCUGCGCGGCGGCGGCGGCUCCACCUUCGGCGUCGUGACGUCGGUCGUCGUCAGGGCGUAUCCCAAGAUCAAGGUAACCACGCUGACGUACGUGCUGGCGACGGGCGAGACCGUCACCGCGGAGCAGUUCUGGGCCGCCCUGCGCGCCUUCUUCGACGGCUUCAUCACGUACACGGACGCCGGCACCUACGAGUACUUCCGGAUCUCCCGCGUCGGCGACGGCCAGUUCGUCUCCGACAUGGGCCCGUGGUUCGCCCCCGGGAUGUCGCGGGCGGAGCUGGAAGCGCUCGUGGCGCCGCUGCUGGCGCGGUUCCGCGCGCUGGGCGUCGCCGUCGCCCCGGUCUACACCGAGUACGGCGACUUCUACGACGCGUGGGCGGCGAACUUCCCGGUCGAGCCGUGGGGCAGCCACACGAUCCGGCAGGGGAGCCGGCUGUUCCCGCGGGCGAGCUGGCGCGACGCGGCGAGGCUGAACGCGACGUUCGACGCGGUCCGGGGCGUCGUCGAGGACGGCGGGUACGUGAUCGCGUUCAACGUCGCGGCCGCGCCGAGGGCCGGGUACCCCGACAACGCCGUCAACCCGGCCUGGCGCCAGACGGUGAUGCACGCCAUCGCCGCGUCGCUGUGGGACACGUCCGGCCCCGAGGCCGACAUCCGCGCCGCCAGCGACCGCCUCACCUUCGACUGGGUCCAGCGCUGGCGCGACGUCUCCCCCGGCGCCGGCGCCUACAUGUCCGAGGCCGACUACAUCGAGCCCGACUUCGCCCAGGCCUUCUUCGGGUCCAAGUACCCCCGCCUGUACCAGCUCAAGCAGCGCUACGACCCGCUCGGCGUCUUCUACGCCCACUCGGCGGUCGGGUCCGAGGACUGGACCAUGUCCGAGAUGAUACUGGGGAACUUGCCGUCGCAGAAUAGCAAGCUGUGUAGAGUAUAA